AUGAAUCCCAUCAAAUAUCUAUUCGAGAAACCUAUACUCACUAGAAAGGUUACCAGAUGGCAAGUGUUAUUAUCCGAAUAUGUCAUCAUUUACAUCACUCAAAAGGAAAUCAAAGGCAGGGCCUUUACAAAUUACCUAACACAUGGGCUAACAAACGAAUAUCAUUCGUUGCAAGACAAGUUCCUUGAUGAAGAAGUCCUAGCCUUGGUCAAUGAAAAUGAUGGACAAGCUGAUGGCGCAACCUGGACCAUGUUCUUUGACAAUGCCUCAAAUUUGAUGGGACAUGGGAUAGACGCCAUUCUAAUGUCAUCCCGAGGAAAGCACAUUCUAGUGACAACAAGACUGGACUUUGAUUGCACAAACAAUAUGACUGAAUGUGAAGCUUUCAUAUUAGGUCUUCAGGUCACUCUUGACAAUGUUAUCACAAAACUAGAAGUCUAUGACGAUUCUACCUUGGUAUUAUACUAG